AUGGCAGUACUACAGGAAGGACUGGAGCCAAGACCAGUCGGUUCAUACCCUAAGACAGGUAUUGAUGUUCUUAUCGUUGGUACUGGUCUGGCUGGAUUGACAGCUGCGAUUGAAUGCAUUCGGAAAGGCCACAAUGUCCGAGUGCUGGAGAGAAAUGCAACAAUCAAUACUCAAGGAGAUAUGUAUUUCAUGGGACUUUCGGCAACCAAAUUCUUCAAGCACUGGCCUGAGAUGAAGGCCGAGUACGAUUCGAUAGGCAUCCACAAUGCCUGGAUUGAGACCUUCAAGCACAGCGGCGAGCGCAUGAUCCCACCUCUCUCAGUUGCUGAACGACUAAGAGAUGCUGGCCUUGACCCAAAGACGCCUCCAGGAACGUUCCAGAUGCGACCACUAAUCUACCGCAUGUUCGUUCGACAAGUGGAGAAGCUUGGAAUUGACAUCGAGUUCAAUCGACGAGUGGUUGACUAUUUCGAGGAUGAAAAGACUGGCAAGGGAGGCUGUGUUACAGAUGAUGGCAAACGAUACGAAGCCGAUGUGGUGAUUGCUGCAGAUGGAGUUGGGUCCAAGAGCCAGAAGCUUGUUGGUGGUCAAGUGCGUGCGAGGUCAUCUGGUCGAGCGAUGUGGAGAGCAGCAUUUCCCAUCGAGAAUCUUGAAAAGAACCCCGAAGUCAAGGACUUCUUCAAGAUGGUUGGACCAGAUGGUGACUGCCCAUGUGUUCGCACUUUCCUGGGACCAGGUACAUAUGCUCUGACUUUGACAAGGCCAGACACCAUGAUCUGGAUCAUCAAUCAUAAUGCCACCGGCUCAUCAGCCGAGAACUGGAACAACACAAUCGACUACCAAGAAGUGCUCGACGAAAUGGACAAGGGAGUCGGCUCCAAGCCCUGGGCAAAUAUCUUCAAAGAACUCAUCAAAACCACGCCUCCCAAAACAAUCGUCAACUUCGAAUUAUUAUGGCGCGAUCCUCAACCCAGCUGGACAUCUCCCCACGCCCGCCCAUUCACCCGCAACGCCUGCGCCCAAAAACUAGGAUUCUCCAACGCCGAGCUCCUCCAAGAAACCGACUGGGAAAAAGUCACCCUGGAUCCCCGACGCGCACAACCCAAAUUGCCGAAAUGGGUCUGGUCCCACGAUCCAGAAACGUACACGUACAAACACUACCACGCCAACGUCAAGAGUAUGGAAGCAGGAAUUCCAUUCGACGACUCGGAGAUUGCGGAACGAGAUCCGAAUUUUCCAAAGGGGUAUAGGUAUGUGCCUUGGACGAUUGAUUGGAUUAUGGAGUGUAUGCGGAAGGGUGUGGCGGUGGAUUUGGGGGAGGGGGAGUGGGAGUAA